AUGGCGAACCCCCUGCACCACCACGUAGAGCCGAAUUCCAACCCGAAGCAGUUCGUGCUCUGCUUCGACGGCACCGGCAACAAGUUUGCCGGCGACGAGUCCGAUAGCAAUGUCUUGAAAAUCUUUCGCAUGCUGGACCGCAGCAAGAGCCACCAGUACCAUUACUACCAGCCGGGAAUCGGCACCUAUGUGACCUCCAAAUCGCUCUCCAGCAAUAGUCGCACACAGCGCAUCAAGUCUUGGUACCAGAAGGCCAAGGACUCUGCUAUCGGCUCAUCAUUCGACGAGCACGUAAUGGGCGGCUACAAAUUCCUGAUGCGAUACUACUCCCCGGGUGACCAGAUCUUCUUCAUCGGCUUCAGUCGCGGCGCCUACAUUGCGCGUUUCCUGGCGGAGAUGCUGGACUAUAUCGGCUUGCUCGAAGCCGGAAACGAGGAGUUGAUCCGUUUCGCCUGGAAGACCUUUGCCAAGUGGCAGCAGCGCGCGGGCGACUCGGAAGAAACCCAGGAAGAGAAAAAGAAGCUGUUCGAAUAUAUGAAGGCCUUCCGUGAAACCUUUAGUCGUCCCAUCUCGCGCAUUCGGUUUAUGGGUCUCUUCGAUACCGUCAACAGUGUUCCCCGGUUCGAGAAUGCUUGGAUGCAGCGCAGUAAGUUCCCUUAUACCGCGCGCAGUUCCGCUCUUGUGAUUCGGCACGCGGUUGGCAUUGACGAGCGCCGUGCCAAGUUCCGUCAGGAUUUGAUCUCCGGCAAACGUCCUCACGACAUGAAGCACAAGCAUCACCGUCCUCAUUUCCCCCCGCACCGUCUGGAGAACCAUCUGGCGCGCCAUGUGGAUGCUCAGCACCACCUGCACCUCCGCCCCCAGGAUGGACAAGCUGCCCAGACCCAGAACCCUGCCUUGCCGUCCAUUCAGGUGAAUGACAACGCCCAGAAUGGCCAGACCAAGAACAAAGAGUUGUCUGAGGCGGACAAGACCCUCGAAGAAUUCGGAUGGGGUCCUGGCGUAGGCGAAACAUACUACCGCAUCCCUCACGAGGGAUCCUCUCACCAAGGAAGCGAAGGCAACUAUGGACCUGAGAAGCAAAACCGAUACCGUGGCCCGUCUCCCAAUCGGAGCAUUAAUCUCGCCGUUCCCAGCGGCGCUGCUGGCGCUUCAGACGACAACAUGUCCGUCCACAGCGGGCACUCCGGCAACAUCUCCAUCCAAGUUCCCAGCAACGCCGGCGACGACUACCUCGACGAAGAGGACCAAGAUAUCCACGAGAUCUGGUUCCCGGGCUGCCACGCAGACAUCGGCGGUGGUUGGAAGCUAGACGGCGGCGAGAUGUGGGCGCUGAGCCACGCGCCGCUGGUGUGGAUGGUGCAAGAAGCCCAAAAAGCCGGCCUGGAGCUGGACGAGCGCAAGAUGAAACAGUUCCAAUGUCUGGAGGAGUACGAUGGUGACUACACCCCCAUCCAGGAGGAGAUUGCCGCUCGUCGGCCUAGCCAGAUCGGUCGCGAGAAGCACAACGAAAAGGACGAUCCGGAUGCCUACCGCGAGGCUCCGGACGACAAGCAGCGCUCGGCUGCUAGUCGCGACUUCUGGCAUGCUCUACACACAUCCAGCACCAAGGGUCUCCUGCACGACUGCCUGGAGUUCAAUCAAGGCCUGCCUAUGGGAUCCGUCAUCUCCUGGCGGAUCAUGGAGUGGCUUCCCUUCCGCCGCAUGGAUCUCCAGGCCGAUGGACAAUGGAAGCCGAUUCGCUGGCCUCUUCCUCGCGGUGAGGUCCGUGACGUCCCGCUCGAUGCGGAAAUCCACGUCUCCGCCAUUAGACGUAUGAAGGCGAACGCUAAGUACCGCCCCGGCAACGUCAUCGUCGGAGGCGGUGGUCGCGGAGUACGCAUCGCGCCGGCGGAGUACGGCAUGGGCGACUGGGUAGUCCUCAAGAACGAGGGCGACGCAGUGCGCGAGACGUACGUCCGAAGGAGCGUUGCGAGUAAGUGCAAGGAUGAGCAGUCGCAUCACCACUAG